CUGCUUUUGCUUGCAAGUCACACAAAACCAACAAAUACAAGACCAAAAGCCAUUCAUCCCUCCUAAAAGGGAAGAAAGAAGUGAAAGAUAUGAGAUACGCACCUCUAAACAAGCUUUUCUUAAGAACCUUCAUGAUCUUGUUUCUGACCUGCGUGACUGUUAGAAUAAACCUCUGCUUCUCUAGCAUUCCUUCUUCAUUGAAAACACUUGACCUGAAUGGGCAUUUUGAUUUUGAUGAGGUUCAGCAUGCAGCCAGGGAUUUUGGAAAUAGGUACCAAUUCCUUCCUUUGGCAGUGCUACACCCCAAGUCAGUAUCUGAUAUUGCCACUACAGUGAAGCAUAUUUGGCAGAUGGGUCCCCGUUCAGAACUCACAGUUGCAGCCAGAGGCCAUGGCCACUCUCUCCAGGGCCAAGCACAAGCCCAACAAGGAGUUGUCAUCAACAUGGAAUCACUUCAGGGCCCAAAAAUGCAUGUUCACACUGGGAACUUCCCAUAUGUGGAUGUCUCUGGUGGUGAGCUAUGGAUAAACAUCCUGCAUGAAAGCCUGAAAUAUGGGUUAGCGCCAAAAUCUUGGACAGACUACCUACAUUUAACUGUAGGUGGCACUCUGUCCAAUGCUGGGAUAAGUGGGCAAGCAUUCCGGCACGGACCACAGAUCAGUAAUGUCUACCAGCUCGAAGUCGUCACAGGGAAAGGGGAGGUCGUGACUUGCUCAGAGAAUCAGAACAGUGAUCUUUUCUAUAGCGUUCUUGGAGGACUUGGGCAGUUUGGCAUCAUUACAAGGGUGAGAAUAUCACUGGAAGCGGCACCUGAAAUGGUGAAAUGGAUUAGAGUGCUAUAUACAGAUUUCACCACAUUUGCUAGGGACCAAGAAAAACUAAUAUCUGCAGAAAACGCAUUCGACUACAUAGAAGGCUUUGUAAUAAUAAACAGGACAGGUCUCCUUAAUAACUGGAGAUCAUCCUUCAAUCCACAGGAUCCAGUACAAGCUAGCCAGUUCAAAUCAGAUGGAAGAACACUCUUCUGCCUAGAAUUGGCCAAGUAUUUCAACCCAGAAGAUGUAGAGGUAGUAAAUCAGGAUAUCAGGAAUUCAUUAUCACAGUUAAACUAUAUCUCUUCAACACUUUUUCUAUCAGAAGUUCCAUACAUUGAGUUUUUGGACAGAGUUCAUCUUUCUGAGAUCAAACUGCGGUCAAAAGGCUUGUGGGAAGUUCCACACCCAUGGCUUAAUCUUCUCAUCCCCAAAAGCAGAAUACACAGCUUCGCUGAAGAAGUCUUUGGCAAUAUACUUACAGAUACAAGCAAUGGCCCCAUCCUCAUCUACCCAAUUAACAAAUCAAAAUGGGACAAUAGAACUUCUGUUGUCAUUCCAGAUGAAGAUAUUUUCUAUUUAGUGGCAUUCCUUUCCUCUGCAGUGCCUUCUUCCACAGGGACUGAUGGAUUAGACCACAUCUUAACUCAGAACAAAAAAAUUUUAGAAUUCUGUGAGGUAGGCAGUCUUGGGGUAAAGCAAUACCUGCCCCACUACACUACAGAAGAAGAAUGGCAAGCUCACUUUGGCCCACGAUGGGAAGUUUUUGUCCAGAGAAAAUCCACCUAUGACCCUUUGGCAAUACUUGCUCCUGGCCAAAGAAUAUUUCAAAAGGAGAUGUCUUAUGCACAAUAACACCCAAGAAAUAUUUUCUCCUAAACAAAUGGUCCUCAAAGCAUACAGAAAAAUGCUUUUCAGGCACACAUGCUGCAAAAUGAUGACUAUUUAUGUGUCUUCCUAUAUAUAUUGCAAGCAAUGGGCAGGCAUGACUGCAUAAGGUCAGAAAAAAUAGGUUAUAUGAAUUAUUUAUUAAAUUUGUAAAAGGCACCGGAAAAAUACAGUGCCCUAAAGAAGAUGUAAAUAUUAACUUUGGUAGCUCAGUUCUACUUAUUUUUCU